CGGAGAAAGAGGAAGAAGAGAGGAGCCCGUGUGUUCGUUUCACCUCCUAAUCAGUUUUCCUGGGGGAUCUAUCAGCGACUGCAGCAGGCGAGAAGAAGAAAGCGAAAUAAGAAGAUAGCACCGCUCAGCCUGGCAAGAAUCUUCUCCCAUCACAAAUCUGAGCUUCAUACAAAAAUGGACGCCCCUCUCUCCACCCCCUGCAACAUCCAGAUCUGUGAGGUGACCUGCGACUCCUUCCGCAUCAUGUGGGACAUGACCACCGAGGACACCGCCAGAGCCACGCACUUCUUCAUCGACCUGAGCCGCAAAGAGAACAGGGACCCCAACCGCUUCAAACACAGGGAUGUGCCAACCAAGCUGGUGGCCAAAGCUGUGCCUCUCCCCAUGGCAGUGAGGGGACACUGGUUCCUGAGCCCGCGGACGGACUACUGUGUUGCCGUUCAAACUGCUGUUCGACAGCCGGACGGUGACUACCUGGUGUCGGAGUGGAGCCAGGUGGUGGAGUUCUGCACCGGAGACUAUGCCAUGGAACACCUACAGCAGCUUCUUGACAAGGCCAAAGGCUCUGCAGGGAGGCUGCUCAAGUUCUCUGUGUUUUAUCGUAACCAGCACCCGGACUACUUUGACUAUGUCAGGGGGGACGGUGGAGGCCUGAUGCGUCCAGCACUGAAAGACAGCAGCGGGAGUCACGGCUCUCCUAUCAACGGCAAACUAAAUGGAGUCUUCUUCAGCUGCAACACAGAGUUUGAUACGGGCCUGCCUCCCAAAGACUCUCCGUACGGACCCCUGCGCUUCCAGAUCCCGGCCGGACAUCUGCUCAACCCCAACAUUUCCCUGUAUUUCGCAGACUUCUACUGUAUGUACACGGCCUACCACUAUGUGGUGCUGGUGCUGGCCCCCGUUGGCACAGAGGGCGACACCUUCUGUCGCACCCGUCUCCCUAUGUUGGACUUGGCCUCCAACCCUUUCCUGACAUACACCGCCCCCCAGAGGCAGGGGGAGGAGCCCCUGUACUGCCACGCCAGCGACGUCAUCCUGGAGGUGCUUUUCACAGAGCCGGUUCAUCUGGACCAGGGCAGCGUGGAGCAGAUCAGUGGGCACCACCAGCUUAUGAGUCUGACCACAGCCAACGCCAAGAAGGACCCAAGCUGCAAAGUGUGCAACAUCAGUGUGGGACGCUGAUGUAGGACAGACGUGGGAGCGUGUGAGACGAGCCGUUGCACGAGACAAAACAGUUGAGUCCAUCAUGUGUAGGUCAGAACACUGUGGAAACAGCAACCUAUUGGGGUGUGACCGUGCUGCAUUCCCACCUCCCCCCUGCCCGGACCACUGGUUUAAAUAGAGGACUUUUACAAUGCGUUUUGCAGCUGGAAAAAAAAACAGUGAAUGCCCAUCCACGACUGUUGAGUGAAACAUAUAUCGAAAACAUGAUAGGCUUCUAGAAAACAGGAGAAAAUCUGUGUUCCUUAUUUGUAGACAGUCAUAAGUGCUUCCUUCAGGUGUCUACAUGACGUUUUCUCAGUAUCUUUCUGAAUUUAUAUUUAUCCCCCAUGUAGAAGAGGUGUUUUUGGUUUUGCUUGAGUUUGAUGUGAUUAAUUUUACAAAAAAAAAAAUGAGUUCAAGUCAAACCAUUAUAGAUUAUAAAUAGAACAAAGAUUUUUUUUUAUACUGUAGAAAUCCUUUUUCUAUACAAAGUCUCUGCCAGAUGUUCCUUCUCCAAAGAAAAAAUCAUCAUAAUCAUUAUGACACUUGGUAACUUUAACUCUAGCUUGCGGCAUCCUCGCUGAACACUUUUUAAAAGCUGGCUGGUGACUUAUGAUUAAGAAAUCUACAGAUGCACUUUGACCCAACAACAAUAUUUUAUAAUAAGUCAGUUAAAGCCAUUUUAUGUGCUGGGGCUCUGAACAUAGGAGGAAGGUAAUGAGGAAAAGAGUAUCUCAGUGUUCAACCCUGAUAACUCUCUGGCAGCACACCUCAGCUGUAAACAUUCCUGAGCUAAGAUUAGCUUCUCUCCUCCUAUGGGGUUUCUAUUUGUCACAGCCCAGUUAUUUCUGACCUAUAUGUGAAUCCCACAAAUGCCCAAAGUGAAAGGGAUCCCCUUCCCGGUGCACAAGACCAAUCCAUUUGGUGGUGCCUGACCAAAAUGUAGGACAUGACAACAGCCUGGAAACAUGGUCACCGUGUGAUUAUUAAUGCUGAAGAAAACUGGAAAAAAAGAAAAUUGAAUACAACCAAACCGACUGGCUGACACUUCUUUUUAUACAGAGCAGCUGUUCAGAUGUCUAAACAUGAAUGAAAAAAAAAAAGAGAGUACCAUUUCAGAG